AUUGUUGUAUUAAAUAGGCUGCCAAAUACUACUACUGUUGAGAAUGUUUGAAAAGGUCCAUCGUGGAGCAGCGCGAGCAAGGAGGCGUGUAAGAAUAUUGUUUCUCCCUAGUUGAGAACUUUUUCGGCGCUUGCCAGCUAGACGACAAGCGCAUUAAAAGUACCCGCUCCAAGAUGUCGGACACGGAGGUCGUUGAACCGAAAAAGGGUCGAGGCCGCCCUCCGAAUCCUGAAAAGAACAGCGUCGCUCCGAAGAAACGAGCCCGCGCUGCCUCUCCGAAGGAUAAGGCCGACGAGAAGGAGAAGGACAAGGACAAGGCAGUAGUGUCCGACGAGGAGCCUUCGCCCAAACGCGGCCGUGGCAGACCGAAAGCUGCCGCCAAAAAGCCCGCCAAGGGUAAAAAACCGGAAGCCAAAAAAGGUCGCGGCAGGGGCAAGAAGAAGCCCGAAUCCAGCGAGGAAGAGGACGAUGAUGACGAGGAAGAAGAUGAAGAUGACGAAGAUGAAAACGAUAGCGAAGAUAACGAGGAGAACGAUGACGAAUCCGACUCAUAAACUAAUUGUCAACCUUUCUCUACCUUUAAUUAUGAUCAAUUCCAUUUGAAAAAUCCAAAAUCUAAAUGGUACUUUAAAUUAAGCCACCGUAAGUUCAGAGUACGAAUCUCGUACUAACUAUAUUUAACGCAAAAUACAAAAAAAAACUUAUCUUUAACAAAAAUGAACACAAAAAUACACAACUAACCACAAAAAAAAAGUGGAAAUAGAAGAAAUACAAUGCAAAAAAGCAUACAAUACACAUACAUAACAAACUUAAACAAAUUAUAACACAAGAGAAAAACAUUCAGCACUUAACAAAGUUUCAAUGUAACAGAACGAAAAAAAAAACAAAACCAAAUAAUGGUAUAACAAGUAGGGUACACAUAUGUAUUUGUUCGGUGUGUGAAAUUCAAAACAAGAGAUAGCUCUUUUUACUAUAACACUACAUGUUGUAACAGAAGCAAAGCAAGAAGAAAAAAACGCGUCCCAAGCAGCGAACAACUAAUAUAUAAUAAACAUUUUAAUAAAAAGCAGCAGCAAAUAUCCUUCGACAUUGAACAGUAGUGAAAUGAAGUGAAACUUAGUAAUCUAAGUUACAACAAACCCGAUAUAAGAAAAAGAACAAAAGGCCGAAA